AUGAAAGAAGAGCUACCGAGUAGAAGUCAAGCAAUCAACUCGGAUUCAGCAAGUUUCGGAGAGUUCGCUGCCCCAUUCAGCACUCAGUUCUGGGAAGUCAAUAAACGAGUUUUUGAGCAGUACUGGCGCACACCAUCAUACAUUUACUCCAAAGCAACACUCUGUAUCUUCUCGGCACUCUUCAUCGGGUUUUCUUUCUUCGACGCAAAGCACACUAUCCAAGGUCUGCAGAACCAGACCUUCGCCCUCUUCAUGCUCUUCACCCUCUUCGGUCAACUCGCGCAGCAAAUUAUGCCCAAUUUCGUCGUCCAAAGAUCCCUAUACGAAGCACGAGAACGACCAUCCAAGGCAUACUCUUGGAAAGCAUUCAUUCUCUCUAACAUGCUUGUCGAGAUCCCAUGGAAUAUAAUUCUCUCCGUAAUCAUGUUCGUAGCAUGGUACUACCCCAUCGGACUCGACAAGUUCGCCAAAGAGACGGAUACCACUAUCGAGAGGGGUGCGCUCCUGUUUCUAUUCUUGCUGGCUUAUCUUACCUUCACGUCGACGUUUUCGACGAUGGUUAUCGCGGGUAUUCAACAAGCGGAAGAAGGUGGCAGUAUUGCCAAUCUCAUGUUCUCACUCUGCCUGAUCUUCUGUGGUGUACUGGCCACCAAAGACUCCUUGCCUGGGUUCUGGAUAUUCAUGUACAGAGUUUCACCUUUUACGUACUUCGUCUCGGGCAUGCUAUCCACGUCCAUCGCGAACGCCGAAAUCAAGUGCGCUGCGAAUGAGUACCUCCUCAUGCAGCCUCCACCCGGUGCAACCUGUGGACAAUACCUUGGCGCAUUUGUUGAAGCGACAAGUGGGAGUCUGCUUGAUACAAAUGCGACGGCCGAUUGUAGGUAUUGUUCUGCUACGAGCACGACUCCUAUCUGGAAUCUAUAUCUGUCGAUUUCAAGGAUGCGUGGAGGAACCUCGGGAUAA